CGCAGAAUCUCUAAAACGUAAACAUUGUGAUUAAGGAGUGAUUAAUCUUGUAAAUUCGCAGUGAUUAGAGCUAAAACCUACUCUGUGCGAUGGAUGAUCGGCGUUUCUUCCCCAAUGAGCCACCAUAUGUGGGAAAAAGUUUUCUCCGGCCAAAUGGUUCCAUCAAAUUCGAUCCCAUCCUUACAGAUCAGAGGUAUUCCUUCGUCAUCAACCUCCUAAGCAAUGACUACUGGAAGCAGAGAGUGAAGAAGGUGAAUUGCGUACGGAAUUCAAAUUGCCGGAAAGUAUCAAGCUUCUUCAAAUUGCAGGUCGCGGACUUUGGAUGCGCAGAUCUGUCCUUCUUUCGCGUUCUUCGCAGUCUCAGAUUCCUAGAGACUGCUUAUCUGGUGAGUUUCUCAGAUCUUAUUGUCUGCACAAAAGCCAAAUUCCAGGAACUCCUCAUAUGAUCACAAUGUGAGGUUGUGAUCUUGCCCGGCAAUUUCUUUGGUGUUGCCAUCGCUGUGUCCGGGUGUCAGGCGUUCUAACCUCACAGAAGAAACGUUUACACGGGCCAUACAAGGCCAAAAUAAAAAUGUGUCUUAUGAAAAUUGUGUACUUUUUAGCUAUUUAGUGUGAUUUUCUCUACUGGGCUGAGAAUGGAGAAAAAGCCGGGUGCUGUGGCGUGCGUUGUGCCGCCCUCUCAUCACUUAAUUGAUGCUCAAAUUCUGGCUAAAACCAUCGCCAGUACGGACUCACUGGUGCGGCGCCUGCAUGAGUCGCAACAGGAGAACACCAAGAUGAAAUUUGUGAUGGAAACUGUGCGAAAAACUGCCUCAAAAUGUAACAAAUUGUACACGAAAGAGAGGGACAAACGAAUACAGAGUGAAGAGGCUCUGCAGAGGAUCCAGAAGGAGCUGGAGAGCGCAAGGGCACUCGCGGAGGCACAGAGACACCAAAUAACCAAUAUGGAAUACGUCCAUAAUCAGGCGCUUGAGGAGGCGCGACAAUCUGCUGCUGGAGAGUCAAGGAGUCACCAGAAAGUGUUCAGCAGUGUUGUCCGGGAGUAUCUGACCAGCUUACAGAUGCAGAUGGAGAGCAAUGAACUGGAUGAGAAGAUGCUCGUGCGGGCAAAGUCACUGAGGAGUAGUUUAGAGGAAUUCUCGUGGUUGAGGGAAGUUCUGGAACAAUUUCCAGCGUCUGAAAAGAAGGGCAAAAGUGAAAAACUCAAGAGAACCAAGAGAAAACUCCAGGAAGAGUUUUCAGCUGAUGACUUAAGUGAUAAUGAUUCUGGAGAGGAUGGAAGUGUCUUGAUAGAUGCCCAGAGGCUCGAAGAUCUGUUGGAACAACAGAGUUUCAAUAUCAAUAAUUGUAUUGAGAGUCCCGAAAGUCCCAAGAAAGUGGAGAAGAGUUUCUGCGACGCCGGAACAAUGACAACGAGGAUUACAAUCACGAGAGCAACGAAUACGGAGGUGAAGACUGCAGAUGCAGCCACACUCUUCCCGGAAUUCACUCCUCCCUCGUCGUUUGAGGAGAUCUUCAGCGAAAUGAUUGUUGAUCUUCCGGAGUUAAUCACUGAAAUUCCUCGUGCUGCCACGCGGGAUGCGUGCACAGAAACUGAACAGGAGUGCAGCAAGAGCAACGCUGAGACCCUCACGGAUCUCUGCAACAUCCGGAAGAUAAUUGGGUACAGAAAGAGGAAGAUUCAGUGCCAGCCAGAGAGUGUAAAAGUGGAGAAUAUGAAGAUUGAGCCAGUUUCGCCAAAGCCUGGUGACGAUGCGCAGCAUCUUCAGUUCCAAUUUGAGCACUUGUGGUCAGCUAUGGGACAAACACUGUUCGCCAUGCUCAGGAAUUCCACUUGCGACAUCGUUCAGAGUCAAUAUCUGCUCGAGCGUGAGAACAUGGUGAAGCAGAUCUUCUUUGAGGAGAUGACAAAGCGUGAGAACAUCCAGAAUGACUUCUCUCACUGCCCCUUGCCGCUCAUUUCACAGGAGUGUGAAGCAAAUCCUGCGCCUCUGGACAUGCCAAUGGAGGAAUCGUACAUCGCAGAGCCACCAGAGCCGGCAGAAGAGAAGAUUCGGAAGAGGAUAGUGAGCAGAAAGGUGCCAUUUAAGCGAAAGAGGAGCAAUGUGAUCGUGAAAUCCAUGAAGAAGAUUAAAUUGCAGAGGAUUAGGCGGGAAAGAGUGCCAGAACAAGAUGAGGAUUCUCUGGAGGAGUUUGAUUUGGAGAAGAUUCGGGAGUUUUACGCCAUUCCUGAACUUCUGGAGCCAAUCGAUGAUCUUCCUGAAGAUUUAUUGCCUUCUGUGACAGAAAAGGAGUCAAUAUGUGAUAAGGAACAGACUCAGGAACCUCGUGCAGUCUCAACCAGAGUUUCUGUGAUGAGUUUUGUCCAUCGACACACGGCGAAGAGGGUGAAAAAGCCUCCGGAUGUGAGAAUUGUGGAGAAGUGCCGAGCAGUUUUGCUGGAAUACUUGCAAUUGGAGUGGAUUUCGGCUGAACUCGGGAAAUCCGUUGAGAAAAUGAUGGCUUUAGCACCAAAGGAGGACAUUAUCUUUGAAGCAGUGGCGGGAAUCACAGAAGAAUCUUCAGAUCACAUGAUGUUCAAUCCGUUCGGCAGCGUGGCUCCGCUCAUGCCCAAGACGCAUCAGCAGAUGAUCAUCUUUUGCCAUUCUGUCGGCAAGUAUUAUCCUGAAGGCUUCCUGCGGCGAUUCCUGCACUCGCUAGAGAGGCGAAUGUUCACGCUAACGGCGCAGAAGAAGACGCUGAAGAACCUGGUCAACAUUACUUACUUGCUGAUCGCUCUGAUGGAUCUGCAGUUUGGUGAGAAACACGGAAGACUCUCUGUGCGGCUGUUCAUCUUCAAGUGUCUCUACUACUUCCAUCACAAAGCGCCGCCGCUGAUCUUCAUGGUGUUGAAGGCGUUUCCUGAUGCUCUUCCUGUGCCUUCAGAAGGCUUUGAGGCCACAGAAACACUCCUUCUGGCAUUGAAGUGUUGUCUGGCGCAUUUGCCGCCACUUUCCAAUGCCGAGACGGAGAAUCCGGAGUUCAAGAAGAAGGAGCUCUUCUACCUUCUUCAGACGACGUACAAGUGCGAGCCUGGAAGACCAUCGGCGGAUGAGACGAUCGGAAUACUCAUGGAUCGUGUGAGGGAAGGGAAUUACCGUCACGUCACGCACGCUUUCACGCUCUUGGCCAAGCGAAUGGGCGUCAAAUGGGCGAAGACGUCUCUUGUGCACAAGCAUCUCAUCCCAUGUCUCAACGAUGUGCUGCUUCUGACUGAUCAAGAGCCUCGGAAUGGCCAGAUCGUCACGCUUGUGGACAGCAUCUCGUGCAUCGUGAAGGCUUUCUCUAACAAGGAUGACAUGGCAGAGUAUCACAGGGUGUUCGCCUGCGUGCUGGAGAGCAUAGAGAGUCACAGUGUUCAAGAAGCGGCAAUUGCGGCCUUCCUGCGCCUUUCGCGCUUUGGCAUGGUGAACGUCUUUAGCCAAAUUUAUCAGUGGCGAGCCAAAAUGCCCAUCAGUCGGGAACUCGCCGCUGCUUUGGAUACCUUUAUCCACCGCAAGCCCAAGAAGUUCUGGUUGACACUGGAAAGGCAGAUUAAUUGAAGAAAUACAGAGAGUUGUGUAUGAAUUUUAAACUUGUGG